UCAUUUAACCUCGCAGCCAGCCGAGAAGGUUUUGCCGAUCUCUGCGCGUCUCUGCCGAGGCACGCGAGCGACAUCUACAUCAUACUAUAUCGCAACUCAACCAACUCUUGCCGCAUACCGACGAAAAUGAAGGUCUUCUCCAAUUCAGAGACCUUUAACUACUCCUGGGAGGAAGUAUCAACCGCCAACUGGCGGAAGUACUGCCCAUGGAACCAGAAAUCAACGCACGUUGUGGCCGUCGACACGAUUACCCGGGCGGUCGACCCAGACACUGGCAUCCUGCGCACAGAACGUCUGAUCACCUGCCGACAAAGCGCACCAGAAUGGCUCAAGAGCCUGAUGGGCGGCUGCAUGGACGAGUCACAGGUCCUCGAGACAUCCUACGUCGACCCGCGCAACAAGACAGUCACGAUGGUGUCGAGCAACCUGACGCUGAGUAAUCUGAUCAACGUGCAAGAGACGGUCGUGUACCGUCCGCUCAACGACCACCAGACGAAGUUCGAGCAGGCCGCACAGAUCACCGCGCUCUGCGGCGGGUGGCAGCGGAUUAAGAACAGCAUCGAGGACACGCUGGUCAAGCGGUUCCGCGAGAACGCCAUCAAGGGCAAGGAAGGGUUCGAGGCAGUACUCGCCAUGAGCCGGCGCGCGUUCGCCGAGGAGCGCGAGCGCGAGGGCAUGAUGAUGCUUCAGGCGCAGGCCCAGAACAUCCGAGCGGCUGCGUGACCGGAGGAUGAGAAGCGCCAUCGACGCAUCACGAUUUCAACAAUGGGGUGGGUGGGCGCGCAAUAAUCAUCGCGCCAUUGUCACUACCCCGUAAUCGGGAAGAGCAACAAACAGGGGAGCCACAGCUUUGCACACAUAUGGCGAAAAAGACG